UUGUAGACCUUAAAGAUUCACUUCGCGAAUUGGGGUUACCCGUUUCAGGGUUGAAGGAAGAUUUGGUCACCAGAUUACAUGCUUACUAUCGAGAAGAGGCGGUGCAGGACGCGGGCCGCAUGCUGAUGCAGGAAUCGACACUGGACACCGAGGAGAUUCAGAACCGCCGGCCACCGCUGCGCAGCAUGUCCUCACAUAGGGGCCAGAAGCGUGCCUGGCUCACCUACCAGCAGUUUGUGGCCAACGUGGAGGAGGAGGAGGCCUGGAUCAGCGAGAAGUCUCAGCUGAUGUCGUCCGAAGACUACGGAGACACGAUGGCUGCUGUGCAGGGUCUGCUGAAGAAGCAGGAGGGCUUCGAGACCAAAUUCGCUGUUCACCGCGACCGCUGCAACGACAUCAAGACGUUGGGCGAGAAGCUCAUUAAAGAGGAGGACCAUCACUCUGGGAGACAUCCGUCAGCCGCAUCGACACCUCAGGCGAAGUCAGCGAACGAUCUGAACAGUUGA